UCUCGCGCGCGCGGAGUCGGUCUUCCCCCUCGCGGGGGGCAGCUGGCCAGACCCGCGGACCCACCGCUGCAGGCCGCCGGGGGGCGGGGGAUGCCGGGCUGCCGCAUCAGCGCCUGCGGCCCGGGGGCCCAGGAAGGGACCGCGGAACCCGGGUCCCCGCCGCCGCCGCCCCGGGAGCUCCUGUCGUCCCCUCAGCCCCCGCCCCCAACUCCGACCUUGACUCCGACCCCGGCUCAGGUCUCGUCGCCGGCCGACGCGGCCCCGGCGGACGGGCAGGAGCUGCAGCGCUGGCGCCAGGGCGCUAACGGGGGCGCCGGGGGCACCGGGCCGGCAGGGGGCGCGGCGGCGGCGGCGGCGGCGGCGGGGGCGGGGGCCCGCGCGCUGGAGCUGGCCGAAGCGCGGCGGCGACUGCUGGAGGUGGAGGGCCACCGGCGCCUGGUGUCGGAGCUGGAGAGCCGUGUGCUGCAGCUGCACCGCGUCUUCCUGGCGGCCGAGCUGCGCCUAGCGCACCGCGCCGAGAGCCUGGGCCGCCUCAGCGGCGGCGUGGCGCAGGCCGAGCUCUACCUGGCGGCGCACGGCUCGCGCCUCAAGAAGGGCCAGCGCCGCGGCCGCCGCGGCCGCCCGCCCGCGCUGCUCGCCUCGGCCCUGGGCCUGGGUGGCUGCGUGCCCUGGGGCGCCGGGCGCCUGCGGCGGGGCCACGGCCCGGAGCCCGACUCGCCCUUCCGCCGCAGCCCGCCCCGCGGCCCCGCCUCCCCCCAGCGCUGACCUCGGCGCCGGGACCCCAGGCCCCCCGACAGGCCGUCGCGGAGGUGCCGACGACGGACCGGCACGUCGGCUGGAUGGACGGCGUCGCCGGCGAGGAUGGACGAACUGACAGACCCCAGGAAGAGACAGUCGGGGGCCGGGGGCGCAGUGAAGGAGGCUGAGCUCCUCCCAGCUCCUCAGAGCCUUCACUCUAUGGAUCUGGACUCCUGGAUUCUGCUCCUGCUCCUGGGCACCUCCUCCAGGAAGACGUCCCACAACCUUAAACAAAUUGAUCCCGUAUGAUCUUGGCACCAUCCUCCCAUCACGAGGGCCUUGCACUCAACGGCGGCUAGGUGCUCGGUUCUGGGGAAGGUGCCUGUAGUCUAAGCCACAUUUGACUUUGGCUGACACUGUGUGAUUGGAAAUGUUACAACAGGUCCUCUGAGUUGCAAUCAGAUUAUUUAAGAAAGCAGCAAACAUUUCCAGUGUGAAAAUGAAAAGGCUUUCUUUUAAAAUAGAGUUGUCAUUCUUAAGUCACAGCACAGCUGGGGUCUCCAUUGUGGUCGAUGUCAUUGCUUCUCACCCUGACAAUGCUGGGAGGCCUGUUUGAGGGGAAAUAUUGGUCUGAGAAAUCUGUUUCCCUCCUCCACUGUCCUUGCCUUCGCCUUCUCUGCCUAGGGGUGUGCCUUUGGGCCCCUCAGAAAGAUGAUCUCAGCUGGCUCCAAGGGGAGGGGCACCUCAUUCUCAGGGAGAGGUGGUGGCAACCUAAACAUUCAAAACAAAGUUUUAAAUAAAAAAAAAAGGAGCAUAUUUAUUCAAAUAUCCUGAAAAUAUAGGGAAGGGGCGGGGGGCACAUUUACUCACAUACAACCCAGAAAUUGUAUUCCGCAAAAUGAAUGUAUGUUGAAUCAGUCCCCUGAUUUAUACAUUCAGGAAGAAUAAAUUUCAGUGACGUGAGACAAAGGCAUGUGGUUUUGAGGUUGACUUUGCCUAGUGUCCCUACUGCCCUUCCUUUGUGUGUGUCUCUCACGACUCUUUUAAGUUGGCAGUUCCUUGAGCAGCUUCGGUUUAGCUGGGUCAGCAGUCUGGCCCUGUGGACUGGUUUGCAGAGUGCUUUCCCCUUGCUCUGGCUCCAGGCUGACCCUCCCUGGGAAGUCUGCCCCAGUUAAGGAUGGGAGGAGGAAGCUAGGGGGUGGGGGGUGCAUACAUGAGACCAUGUCACAUGGAGAAGGUGGUGCAUGUCUGUGAUAAUGUGACAGCAUGAGGAUUGGCGGGGGGCGGGGGGGGGUUGUGUGUGACUGUGUUGGUGAUGAUAGGGACCUGUUUGUAAGUCAGGGCCCCAGCAGCAGAUGAGCCACCCUCAAACUGGGAAGAGAUUUAAAAAAAAGUAUUUCCAAACAGGUGGGCUUAAAAAGAGAACAAGGGAUGGGUGCAGCUCCCUGGGGCUAGCAAGAGUGGGGAGCCUUUACAGGGAGAAGGGGGAGGGGGAGGGAGGGCACAGGACCAGAGGGGGUAGCUGUGUGGAGGGCAUCCCUGACAAGAGCAGUGGUCUUUGACAGAGAUGCAGCCAACUAUGGCAGCCUGGUGCAGGGGGGGUGGGGUGGGGAGAGAUAGCAGGCGGACAAAACACCCCAUUCUCCUCCUUUCAGUCUCCUGCUGGGGCCUCUCAUUGCCUGAACUCAACAGGAAGGUUGAGAACAAGAGAGCCAUUGAUACACAGUCCACAGAGGGCAGCCUCCUCAGGGCUCAAAACAUGGAGAAGAGAGUGUGGGACUGGAGGGGUCACACUCACUGCUUGAGGGCAUGUCUUCUGUUCCCCAAAGUUCAUAGCAGUGCCUCUUUCCCCUUUGAAGCGCUGCCACCCACCAUGGCCCAUGAGGGGUGGUGGGUGGACUGUUGCUGGGCAAGCACUGCAGGGGAUUGGGGCGUGGGCUUUCCUCCUGCAGCCUUCCCCUCUCUGGCUCUGGUUCCCAGUUCUUGAUUUCCACCUGUCCUGGCAUCUUAGAUGGCUGCAGGAACUGUCCAUGAGCAAAUAAUGCCAGCCACUGAGUCAUUGUUUUUUUCACACCCAGAAACAUGGCACCACCCCCAAACACACCCACAGGCACACCUGCUGCCAUCAUGGGCCUCUGACAUGGUCACUGCAAGCUAUGGCUGGUGUCAUGUACAUCAAGAAAUUGUACAUCUCAGCACACUGCUACACUGCCCUAGUCCUACAUAAAAUGGUAAAUGCACAGCAGUACAAACUGUCACACACCAAACAUGCUCCAUCACAUGUAUGUACAGAAGACACACUGUCUCACUUAUCCACAUGAAAUCAGAGUGUAGGAGCAGGAGAGUUCAGGGGUUCACAGCAACGGCUCUGGAGCCAGCCACACUUUGACCUCUCUCUGACACCAGCUUCCUUGUCUGUAAAGGUGGAAAUAACAAUCAUUCUUCUCUCAAGGAUAAAAUGAGAGGUAGUGACCGUGAAGCCGUUAGCAGUGCCUGGCCUAGAGGAGAGGCUCCAGAAACAGCAGCUGUUACCAGGAACUCCUGCUCAGGCUCUCCCACAUUUCACACCCAUGCAUGUUGCAGACCAGCAGCGGUGUGCACACACGCCUGAGCAAGGUCGGCCAGACACCCUCAGGCACAUGUGUCCUCCCCCAGACACGCCUGCCAGGAGCAUGUGCACAUUAACAGAUUCUCUCUGCCCAGAAGCUCUUUCCCCAGACACCGCAUGACUUGCCAUCCAGUCUGCCUUUAAGUCUUUGUUUGAUUAAAUGUCACCCUUUCGAUGAGGUCCAACCUGACCUUUAAAAAUCAGUACCCCAGCACUUCCAAACCCUUGCCCUACUACAUACUUGUAAGCAUCAUUGACCUUCUCAGACUAUAUAAUUUAGUUUAUUUUCUGUAAUCUUCAUGGGAGUAGGGAAUCUUGAUCUUUUGUUUGCUGAUGUAUUCUGCUCCUACCUGGGUCACUGGCACAUGGUGGUCUGAAUGCAGUGUCUACACACAUACUGUGGGUGUCUAGCUUUCUUACUAAAACAACCAUAUCCAGGUGAACCCUACUGCCCACCCCAACAAGCCAAACCUGUGUUCUUACCCGGUGAACACCCCCCUCAUGCCCCCAUUGGGAGCUGGGAGAAACUUAUUCUCUUCCAGGCCCGGAGCUGGGUGGGCACAAAUAGGGUGGGAUGGCAGGCUGCUUUCAGUUACCAAGCCAAGAAACUCUUUCCACGCAAUGUCCUAGCCCUUUCGAGCACUGCAGGGACUCAUUGAGCAGGUGAGGUGGCUGGACUCACCCAAGUCACCUGGGGCCUCCUCUGUGGCCUUGUUUUUUGUUUUGUUUUUUGUUUUUUUUUACCCUGGCUGAAACCAUCAAAGCCACCACUUCAGAAACCACUAAUGAGGCUGAAUAUGUUAAGGGCUUUGCAAUCCCUGGAUCAAAGGGGCUGGGUAAACAGUGGGCAGCGUCCAGGCCAGUGACUGGCUGAUGCCCUGAGGGAAUAGCUCCCCGAGAGCCUGACAGGGCCCUGGCUGGAUUUGAAAAGGAGAGACCCUGUCCCUCUAGGAGACCUGUUUAGGGCAGGCCAGAGUGUGCCUAUCAGUGCUUGGCAGUUAGAGAGGGAGCCAGAGAACUGAUGGAACCCCUUUCUCAGGUAGGGAGGCCAAACCUGAGCUCUCAUUCUGGAAGAUGCUAGAAGACCCCCAGUCUGAAGGGGUCUCCAAUUCAAACUCACUCAGCUUGUCUGCCAGCCUCCUGAGAAGGAGUAGGGUUGGGUGGGCAAAGCUGGAGUCAAGCAGUCCUAGCCCUGGAGUGUGAGGCCAAAUCCAGGGUCAUCAGGACUCCAGGUAGGAAAUACUGACAAAUUUACUCUUUAACAAGAGACUUGCUGAGGCAAUUAGCAGGUAUAAGUCACAUGUUCUAGAUGAGAGCUCCUGGCAUAGUCCUUCAGCCGGGGCUGGGGUUGAGAGAAGGAGAUGCAAUCCCUCAGCCA